CCAACAAGUACAAGACAACAAGGACAAUUAUCCUCAUCAUUUCUCUCAAUCCGAUUCAACAACAACACACUUCCUCCACAAUCUCCUCUCUCAAACCCACUAAAAAGCAACAAACCCAGCUCUUAUCCUACAUGACAAUCUUGAGUGCUACCGCUUCUCAGUGCAGUUUCUUUUACCCCACUUCACCUUCAUACAAUUACGAAGACAACCUCUAUUACUCUGUACUUCAAGACUACGAAGUCAUAUCCUCUGUCGACCUUUUCCACUUCUCAGAUCCCGAAGCAUUCAAGGAAAUGAAUCGUUCAAGAAGAAUGCACCGCUUCUCGGGCCUUUCUCAAAAAAAUAAAGAUCGUGCCACACGGAAUUAUCUAAUUAAGAAAUCCAAGCAAGGCUCAUUUUCACUCGAAGAAAGGCAACAGAUCUAUGCUAAAAUGGAGUAUCGCCGAAGGAUAAGAAGCAGCCUUGAGGAUGGCGGCAGCAGUGAGGGCGAAAGCAGUACUGUCGGAAUCAGCAGCGAUGAUGACAGCGACAGUGAUAAUGAUUACGAGGAGCUUCUUGAGAUGAACAAUGAUAAUGAGGAGCACUUCCGAUUCAAGCAUAAUCUCAACUUUAAGACAAGUGACCGAAGUCGAAGAGCAAACCCGGUUACCUGGCAAGUGGACAGCCAACAAUGGAAGCAUGCUAUGGAACAAAAGCUUGAUGAGCAGGAUCAAAUUCGGAGGACGAAGACAAAAAAGAACAAGUCUAUCAAAAAAAGUCCCGACUACUUUUAAUGAGUAGGAGAAUAUUCUGGUCAUUAUUAUUUCUUCUAUAUCCUAGUCUUUCUUUAUUGAUACCUCAUA